AUAUAUAGCAUAUAGCGUGUUUGUUAAAAAGUAUCCCUACAUUUCAGGUUAUAAUGAAUGGAAUUAUUCAAAUUACUUCAAAGACAAGAGCAUCCACAAAUAUCAUAAAGUUGGUAAGGUGUGUUAGUUUAUUUUCUGGGAAUUGCAAAAAGAAUGAAAAGAUUCAAGGAAACUUUAUUCCUGUGUAUAAAUUCCCUUAUAUUCUUCCAUUUUCAAUGAUUAAUAGGCUAAAGGUCUAUCAGACAGCUCUAACUGCAAUUAGUAUACCUGUUACAGUAUGCUUAAAUCAACUAGAUCAAAUAUCAAGUGGUGCAGUUCAAUUUACAGUCGCUCUUGGAUUUUCUGGUUGUCUGGCUUUGUAUAGUUUGGGAUAUCUAACACAAAAUUUUAUUGGUUACAUUUAUUACAAUGAAGAAAAAGAUGUUGCGAAAAUAUCUUACAUAGAUUCAUGGGGAAAAAGAAAAGAUAUCGAAAUACCUACAAAAGAUAUUGUUCCCUUCAAUGAAUUACCUAGUACUUUUUUAGAUGGUUUAUAUUUCACAUUUCGACGUUUUUCUACGAAGGAAACUUUAAAAUUCAGUUUAAAUUUCGGUAUUAUAUUAGAUAAAGAAAAAAUUAAGCGAGUUAUGUAAUUUAUUCUUUA